CGUUGAAAACUCAAAACAUUGCAACUGCAACAUACAUACCCGCCAUUUCUGAUCUCUCUCGAUCGUCACCAUGAAGAGUCCCAGCCUGCCUUCUCGGGGCGGGCGGUACCCCAGUUCCAGCUCCGGAUCCAUGGGCUUUCGGACUUCAUCCAGCUACAGCACCCAAUCUUCUUCUACUACUUCAUCUAAGAAGUCAACUGCCUCCGGCAAAAGCUCCGUCAAGUGCGCCGCCCAGGCGGUGGCCGGAGCUCUGAUUGCUUGUUUCUCUCCCCCCGACUCCAAAGACUCUAACUUUGAUGAUUCCAACUCGUUUAAAGCUCCUUCUGUUUCACCUGGAGUUGGGCAUGAGAGGAGACGUAGCAGUAGUAGCAGCUUGAGUCGCAGUAAUUAUGAGAACUCAAAUAUUUCCACCGAGGUGAAAGAGGAUGGGAGUGGUAGAUAUACUAUGGAGGAGAUCUACAAGGCAACAAAGAACUUUUCUCCAAGCCUCAAAAUUGGACAGGGUGGUUUUGGAAUGGUUUAUAAGGGCUGUCUUGAAGAUGGAACUCUUGUUGCAGUGAAGCGUGUCAAAACGAAUAUUUAUGAUAAGCAUUUGGGAGCAGAGUUUCGGAACGAGGUCCAAACCCUGGCAAAAAUAGAGCAUCUGAAUUUAGUCAGGUUUUAUGGUUUCUUGGAGCAAGAAGAUGAGAAGAUCAUAGUUGUGGAGUAUGUCUCAAAUGGGACUCUUAGAGAACAUUUGGACUGUUUGCGUGGAAAUGUCCUAGAUCUUGCCACAAGGCUGGAUAUUGCAAUAGAUGUUGCCCAUGCUAUCACAUAUCUACAUAUGUACACAGAUCACCCCAUUAUCCACAGAGAUAUCAAAUCGUCCAAUAUUCUCCUCACUGAAAACUGCCGAGCUAAGGUCGCUGACUUUGGCUUUGCAAGGCUGGCUGCUGACAGUGAGACAGGGGCAACACAUGUUUCUACCCAAGUCAAAGGCACAGCUGGCUACUUAGACCCUGAAUACCUUAGAACCUACCAACUUUCAGAGAAGAGUGAUGUGUAUUCAUUUGGUAUUUUGCUUGUCGAGCUGGUCACAGGCAGACAGCCCAUCGAACCAUCACGAAACAUCAAUGAGCGAAUUACUGCUAGAUGGGCUAUGAAAAAAUUCAGUGAAGGAGAUGCAACUUUAACUUUGGAUAUCAGACUGGAGAGAUCUGCAGCAAACAUUUGGGCUACAGAACAAAUUCUUGGUCUAGCUUUACAAUGUUUGGCUGCUCACAGGCACGACCGCCCUGCCAUGAAGAAGUGUGCAGAGACUCUGUGGAGCAUCCGCAAGGAUUACAAAGAAUCUUAACAUCAUAUCAUACAUCGCGUCCUUUCCUCUAGACUCAGACUGCAUAAAGAGAACAACCCAGAAAUGAAAAUACAUAACAGCUGGUGGAGAGUGCUAAUAAAAGUUGGCAGAUUUUUCUCAUCACACAUACACUACAGGCCUUGAACAGAUUUUGUGAAUGGAGUUUUUUUGACAUAGUAGAGGUAAAGAGGAUUUCUCCAAGAAGUUGGCAUGUAUAGAGGAAUAUGUUGAAUGAUUUUGGUUUAUAUGUUCUAAUUUGUGUGUGUAUAUGUAUAGGAGAUUCAUACUAGGGGAGGAAAUAAUGUUUUAGGAGAUUCCAAAAGGACCUUUUAUGUAUUUUUUGAGAGUAUUGAUUCAUUGUUGUAUACACAUUACACAGCACUACAGCAGUCUAUUUGUACUGUAUCCCAUUUGUUUUUUCCAUAAUAGCAAUUUCCAACUUCUCUUCGACCUAAAAAA